AGCAUCGUAUGAAGAAGAAAACACAGAGAUCAGGUGUUUUCUGUGGGAAAAGAGCUGGUUUCCCCUUCAUUUAUGAAGAAGAAAUUUGCAAGACAACCUGGGUAUCAAUGGCAAAGCAGCUGGACUUCGCAGAAAAUACAGAUGACUGGACAAAAGAGAAUGUAAAUCAGUGGCUAGAAAGUCAUAAGUUUAAUUAAAAACACAGGGAAAUUUUGACUGCGCAAGAUAUGGAUGGAGAAACCCUGAAGUGAUUAAAGAAAAACUAUCUUGUGGAUACGGGAAUAACACACGGACCAGCUAUCCGAACAGAAGAACUAUCCAAAGAAUUGCAGAAAACUUCCUUUAAAGAUUCUGUUCAGAAACCUAGAAGGAAACAAGGCGGUACAAUGAAUUCUCCUGAAGAACCAACUUUGAUGCAGAAGGAAAGUAGUGAACUUUCAAAGCAAAAACAAAAGGAUAAAGGGAACCCAGGUAUGGCUACUGCCUCUGCAAUGAGUACAGUUGCCAAAGGUCCUGAUUCACUAAACAAGGAGCUCACAGAUGAUGAAAUAAAAGACACAAAGGAAAAGCCCCCAUUCAUGGAAAUAACAUGCGCACCAUACCCUUUUGAUGAAUCCAAUAAUCAAUAUUGUUACAAACUGGGUUUUAGUCUUCCUCCUGAAACAGGACCAGGCAAUCUCAUUGAUCCAGUACGUGAAUUCAAAAGCUUCACAAAUACAGAAACAGCCACAGAGGAGGAUAUUAAGAUGAAAUUUAGCAAUGAGAUUUUUCGAUUCGCUUCAGCUUGUAUGAAUUCACGUACCAAUGGCACCAUUCAUUUGGGAGUCAUAGACAAACCCCAUGGAAAAAUUGUUGGCGUGACACUCACCAGAGUUACCAAGGAAGCCCUCAUUGACCACUUCAAUCAGAUGACACACCAGUAUUUUGAAGUUCAUCAGGUCCAACAAGCAAAGAAGUGCAUCCGAGCGCCAAGAUUUGUGAAGGUUUUACUACCGGACAGUACCCUAUCUGACAGGUUUGUUAUUGAAGUGGAUGUCAUUCCACAAUACGCUGAAUGUGAAGAUCAUUACUUCCAGAUUAAAAUGCAGAUUUACAAGAACAGAAUAUGGAAACAAAGUCCAGAAUUCUCAGUCUUUGUGAGAGAUGGGAGCAGCUCUAAGAACAUCAUAAAAAAUAAAGUUGAUUUCAAAGCAUUCAGAUUAGAUUUAAAAACACUGGCAGAGACCAGGAGAGAAGAAGAAGGAAAACACAGAGCAAAAACAAAUAAAAAAGAGAAAGAGAGAGAGGGACCAAAGCUUGUUAAACUGUUAACAGGAAAUCAGGAUCUUCUGGAUAAUUCAUACUAUGAGUGGUACAUUCUUGUAACAAAUAAGUGUCAUCCAGAUCAAACCAAGCACUUGGAUUUCCUAAAGGAAAUUAAAUGGUUUGCUGUGUUGGAGUUCGAUCCUGAAUCUGGGAGCAACGGAGUAGUCAAAACUUACAAAGAAAGCCGAAUAGUAAAUCUUCACUUUCCAGAUCUCUAUGUAGAAGAGAAAACCACAAAUGAGAAGAUCUCUACUCUGAAUCUUUACCAGCAACCCAGCUGGAUUUUCUGCAAUGGCAGGUUAGACCUUGACGCUGAAAAAUAUAAACCCUUAGACUCAAGUUCCUGGCAAAGAGAAAGAGCUUCUGAUGUCAGGAAACUGAUUUCAUUUCUCACACGCGAAGACAUAAUGCCAAGAGGGAAGUUUUUGGUGGUAUUUCUGUUACUUUCCUCCGUGGAUGACCCAAGAGACCCCCUCAUUACGACUUUUUGUACUUUCUAUCAAGAUCUCAAAGGAAUGGAAAACAUACUGUGCAUUUGUGUCCACCCACUUAUAUUUCAGAAAUGGAAAGAUCUACUUGAAGCAAUAUUAAUAAGACAGGAAGAUAAAUUUUCAAGCCAAUGUAUUUCUGCAUUGAGCCUUGAAGAGAUAAAUGGCACUAUCCUUAAAGUAAAAUCUGUGACUCGGACUUUAAAGAGACUUUUGCCAUCCAUUGGUUCAUCUGUUGUCCUUCUGAAAAAAGAGGAAGAUAUCAUGACAGCUCUAGAAAUUCUCUGCGAAAAUGAAUGUGAAGGCACACACAUAGAGAAGGACAAAGAUAAAUUCCGUGAAUUCAAAGCAUCAAAAGAGGAAGACUUCUAUCGAGGUGGCAAAGUAUCAUGGUGGAAUUUCUACUUUUCUUCUGAAAACUAUUCUUCCCCUUUUGUCAAAAGGGAUAAAUAUGAGAGACUUAAAACAAUGAUUGAAAACUGUGCAGAUUUUUCUAAACCCAUGUGUACCAAAAUUAUUCAUCUGUAUCAUCAUCCAGGUUGUGGGGGAACUACUUUGGCUAUGCAUAUUCUCUGGGAACUAAGGGACAAAUUCAGAUGUGCUGUUCUGAAAAACAAAACAGUGGAUUUUUUGGAAAUUGGGGAACAGGUAGCCCACUUAAUCACCAUGGGGGAAACAGACCGUCAGGAAUACUUACCUGUGUUGCUCCUUGUUGAUGAUUUUGAAGAGCAGGACAACGUUUAUCUUCUGCAGGCCUCUAUUCAAAGAGCUAUACCCAAAAAGCACAUUCAAUAUGAGAAACCUCUAGUGAUUAUCCUAAAUUGCAUGAGAUCACAAAAUCCUAAAAAAAGUGCAAUGAACUCAGACAGUAUUGCCAUAAUACACCAAUUAUCUGGCAAAGAACAGAGAGCUUUUGAGCAUAAAUUGAAAGAAAUCAAAGAACAACACAAAAACUUUGAAGAUUUUUAUUCCUUCAUGAUCUUGAAAACCAAUUUUAAUAAAGAGUACAUAGAAAAUGUGGUCAGGAACAUACUGAAAGGACAGAGUAUUUCCACCAACCAAGCAAAGCUCUUUUCGUUUCUGGCUCUUCUUAAUUCAUAUGUGCCUGACACCAUCAUUUCACUAGAACACUGUGAAAAUUACUUAGGAAUUGGAAACAAGAAGACUUUCUGGGGACCAGAAAAAUUUGAAGACAAGAUGGGCACCUACUCUACACUUCUGAUAAAAACAAAGGUAAUAGAAUAUGGGACAUACUGUGGAGUGCGUAUCAUUCACCCUUUGAUUGCAAAUCUCUCGCUGGAAGAAUUGAAGAAAAGUUAUCAGCUGGAUAAAAGUCAAAUUAUGCUGAAUAUGCUCAGAGAAAAUGUGUUCUAUGAUCUUGGUAUGGGGAGAAGCAAAUUUCUCCAAGACAUGCAAACACUCCUUGUCACAAGACAACGCAAUGAAAGUGAAAAAGGAAAUUGGUUUUCCCCAUUUAUUGAAGCAUUACAUAAAGAUGAAGGAAAUGAAGCAGUUAAAGCAGUAUUGCUUGAAGGUAUCGAUCGGUUCAAGCCAAAUGCAUUCAUUUGCCAAGCCUUGUCAAGACAUUUCUAUAUUAAAGAGAAAGACUUUAGCAAUGCUCUAAGUUGGGCAGAACAAGCAAAAAAGAUAGAACCUGACAAUUCUUAUAUUUCAGAUACACUGGGUCAAGUCUACAAAAAUAAAAUAAGAUGGUGGUUAGAGGCUAAUGGAACAAGCAGGAACAUUUCAGUUGAUGAUCUGACUGAACUUUUGGAUUUAGCAGAGCAUGCCUCAAAUGCAUUCAAAGAAUCUCAAUGGCAAAGUGAAGACAGACAAUAUGAAGUGAAGGAAAGUUUGUGUCAGAAGUCAAAAAGGAGGUAUGAUACUUAUAAUACAGCUGGUUAUCUAGGGGAGAUAGAAGUUGGACUUUACACAAUUCAGAUUCUCCAGCUCACUCCAUUUUUUGACAAUAAAAAUGAACUAUCUAAAAGAGAUAUGGUUAAUUUUAUAACAGGAAAGUGUGAUAUUCCAGGAGAUUCAAAUAAUGCAUAUAAAUUAGCUCUUAAGAAGUUUAUUCCUUAUCUAACUAAUUUGCAAUUCUCUUUGAAAAAAUCCUUUGAUUUCUUUGAUGACUAUUUUGUCCUUUUAAAACCCAGGAACAAUAUCAAGCAAAAAGAAGAGAGCAAAAUUCGGAAUAAGGUAGUUGCACAUUUUAAGAAGUAUGUAAGCAUAUUUUGUUCCUUUGAGGAAUCACAAAAUAGAGCUCUUGAAUCAAAGCUCAGUGAGCAACUUCAAGUAGAGCAAUACUGGAAAAGCCUAGUAGCUUUAAAAGCAGACAAGUUUUCUGGGCUCUUGGAGUAUCUCACCAAAAAUCAAAAAGAUGCUGUAAGCACCAUGGAAGUUAUAGUGAACAAAUACACUUUUCUCUUAGAACAUGAUGCUGUCAGAAUCCACUCACAGGUAAAACAAAAUUUCAUCUUGGCCAACAUCAUUCUCUCCUGUAUCAAACCUACUUCCAACUUAGUCAAGUCAGUUGAAAAACUGAAAGAUCAGCUUCGAGAAGUCUUACAAGAAAGAGGAAUGAAUUGUCAAUUUCCAGAACCUUAUUUCCUAGCUUCUCUCUUAUUCUGGCCAGAAAACCAGCAACUAGAUCAACAUUCUAAAAAAAUGGAAGCAUAUGCCCAAUCACUGGAAAAUUCUUUCAAGGGUCGAUACAAACAUAUGCAUCACACAAAGCAACCAAUUGCAUAUUUCUUUCUUGGAAAAGGUAAAAAUAUGAACAAACUUGUUCACAAAGGAAAAAUUGAUCAAUGUUUUAAAACGACAGUUGAUAUUAACUCUUUGUGGCAGAGUGGAGAUGUGUGGAAGGAGGUAAAAGUCCAAGAACUUUUGCUUCGUUUACAAGGACGGGCUGAAUAUAAUUGUUUAUAUAUUGAAUAUGGAAUCAAUGAAAAAAUCACAAUACCUAUCAAACCCACUUUCUUGGGUCAACUUAGAAGUGGCAGAAGCAUAGAAAAAGUGUCUUUUUACCUGGGAUUUUCCAUUGGAGGCCCACUUGCUUAUGACAUUACAAUUGUUUAAGAGCCCAAUCUUCUUCCUCCAAGAAUGUGGUUUCAUUAUUGCCUAAUUUUUGUUUUAGAUUCAAGGCCUAUACUUUAAACUAGCAGAUUUUAUUGUCCCUAGGUUUUCAGACCUGUACAU